AACAAUAAGUUAAAACCUGUCACAUCAGAUCAUAACCCAUCUUCAAAGUGUAUCAUCUUCUUCAAAAAGUCUCCAUUUUUAUUUUCGUUGACUCGGUCUGAUUUGGGGGAAGAAGAAGAACAUGAAGUGUUUUCACUUCACCAAUGGCGACAAGAGAGGAACAACAACAAUCGACGAAGGAGGAGGAGGAGACAGUGUUAUUUCAAGAGCUUCAAGACUCUCAUGGGCUCGGUCUUUAAGCGUAGCAUCAUCAACCACUUCAGACCCAACUCGCCGGUCUGAGUUUGACUCAGACUGGAGUUUCUCACCGGAAAGACUUAGUUUUCCCAAACCAUUAAGUCAACGUUGGAUCGGUGGACUUGUUCCUGAGAAUGAUCUAAAGGUGUUUACUUUCAAAGAACUGAAGGUGGCUACUAAAGGGUUUAGUAGAGGUCUUUUGAUUGGUGAAGGAGGGUUUGGUUGCGUUUAUAGAGGUGUUGUUGAUGUUUCAGACUCUAAUGGUUUUGAUUCGAAGAUUAAUGUUGCUGUUAAACAGCUUAAUCGUCAAGGUUUACAGGGGCAUAAAGAAUGGAUCAAUGAGGUGAAUUUUCUAGGAGUAGUGAAUCAUCCAAAUCUUGUGAAGUUAGUUGGGUAUUGUGCUGAUGAUGAUGAAAGAGGGAUGCAGCGGCUUUUAGUUUACGAACUUAUGUGUAAUAAAAGCUUGGAGGAUCAUCUCGUGGGGCGAGUUGUGUCGGUAUCGCUUCCGUGGAUGACGAGGUUGAAGAUUGCGCAAGAUGCUGCUCAAGGCUUGGCUUAUCUUCAUGAAGAAAUGGAUUUUCAGUUGAUAUUUCGAGAUUUCAAGUCUUCAAACAUCUUGCUUGACGAGAGAUUCGGUGCAAAGCUUUCGGAUUUUGGAUUAGCUAGGCAAGGACCACCCGAAGGACUUGGUCAUGUCUCAACUUCAGUUGUAGGUACGGUUGGUUACGCGGCUCCUGAACGAGCAGUUGAUAGAAAUCGACCUCGGGGGGAACAGAAGCUUUUAGAAUGGGUGAAACCUUAUGUAUCAGACUCGAAGAAAUUCCAUGCGAUUGUCGAUCCGCGGCUCGAAGGCCAGUACUACUGUAUGAAGUCUGUUCAGAGAGUAGCUGCUUUAGCAAACAAAUGUCUAAUGAAGCAACCGAAAUCUCGGCCUAGAAUGAGCGAAGUCGUUUCACUUCUUGGACGCAUAAUCGAUGAAGAAGCGGAAAACGCUCCUCCGCCAGUUGCUGAUGAAACAGAAGAGAUCAUCAAAGCUGAGAUAAAUGCAGAGAGUGAGCCUGAGCUAAAGAAGCAAGGGAGUAGUUAUCGUAAGAAGGUUCUUGAUCUCAGGGAUAAGAUGAACUUAAACAAGUCGCUUUUGAAGCUAGACUGGCGAAACUGGACACCGGGACUGGUCAGAACAUGGUAAAAAUAGUGUCUUCACUGUAUAUAAACUUCUUAGCCAAAGAAUUGAAAAUAUCAAACACCAAAAAAGAAAGCCUCUUGCUUAUU